UUCAAAAGCUAUCCUACAUUGCAUGAUAUAUGAAGUGUAUCAUAUGCUCCAUACACUCAAACAGCAGACCAAGAUCAUUUCCUAUGACAAUGAUAUCAAAGGUGCCGUAUGGAGGAAGACUACCACACGUGAUGCCUUUGCCAAUUUAAAUCGAAAAGCUGCUCGGGCGUUAUGUAUUCUCUUUUUUUCCCUGUUUCAUCAUGCCAGACAACAAGAUACGAUCCAAAAGCAUUGAACUUUUGGCGCAUGCACUUAUUGGACAGGACAGUGGUGAUGCCAACGUCAGCGAUAAAAGUACAACCUUAGCAAGCAAUAUUGAGGAGGAAAUAUUCUCUCAGCACGGACAGGAGAUCAAUAAUGAAUAUAAAGAAGCUGUACGCUCACAUGUAUUCAAUCUGAAAGACUCAAAAAAUAACUUGAGAAGCAGACUAUUGAACGAUGAGUUGCAGCCAACCGCCUUUGCAGAAAUGGAAAGUAACGAAAUGGCGGCUCCUGAACGUCGGCGUAGUAAUGAAAAGUUACGAAGAGAGUCCAUCAGAGAGUCGAUGGCGAUAAACGAUCUUCAGCCUAUGCAUCGUGAUUUGGAGGACCCGGAUGCUGGAAGAGAUUGAAAUGAAUAUAGCUUUACCCCAACCACAUUAAUCACAAAUUUUCCUUACCAGAUGCUCCGCUGGCCAAGCUUGUUUGAAUGGAAGGAAUAAAAAAUUGGCACUUUAAUGAAUAGCUUCAA